UCUUUCGUGUAGAUCUUUUGUGUGUGCUGCAAACACUGACAGUGUCGUCGAAAAUGGUUUUCAGAAUGAAUAAUUUAAUUUAAUUUUGUCUUGUUGUUGGAGUCAACUUUCGCAAUGGAUUAGAUCCGGAUUAAAGUGUAAUAUCGCACUUUUAUCGUCGGAUACACCCUUAUAGAGUCUGACUCUUCUCAGCACCAUGUGCAGUAUCAUCUAUUUAGCGUCAAAAUGUUGAAUAUUAUCUGCAAAUCAUCUUUCUUAUCUCUCUUCCUGUUGGUCAUUAAUGGUGUGUUUGGUGUUGAUACAGAAGGAUUGAAGUCAGUGUCGGUGAUGGAGGGAGAUUCUGUCACUCUACACACUGAUGUUACUGAAAUACAGAGAAAUGAUCAGAUACUGUGGAUGUUUGGACCUCAAGAGACUCGUAUAGCUGAAAUCUAUAAGCAUGACAUUGAUAUGCAUGAGAGUAAUGAGACAUUUGGAGACAAACUGCAGUUGGAUGAUCAGACUGGAUCUCUCAUCAUCAGAAACAUCAGAAUCAAACACUCUGGACUUUAUAAACUACAGAUCAUCAGUAACAGAGGAAACUCAUACAAGAGAUUCAAUGUUACAGUAUACGCUACUCUUCCCAUUCCCAUCAUCACCAGAGACUCUUCUCAAUGUUCUUCAUCAUCUGAAAGUUCAUCUAAAUGUGUGUUGCUGUGUUCAGUGGUGAAUGUGACACAUGUGACUCUCUCCUGGUACAAAGGAAACAGUUUAUUGUCCUCCAUCAGUGUGUCUGAUCUCAACAGCAGUCUCUCUCUACCUCUGGAGGUGGAAUAUCAGGACAACAACACCUACAGCUGUGUGAUCAACAAUCCCAUCAGAAACCAGACUAAACAUCUCAACAUUACUGAAGUCUGUCAGAUGUGUCCAGGUAAAGAUUUAACUACACCGUUAAGAGUGUAUGCCUCAGUGAUUCCUGCGGUACUUCUGGCUGUACUCGCAGGGGUGAUGUACAUUCUCUACAGGAAGCACAGAAGAAUGAGGCAAAAAGACAAUUAUUUUGAAUCACCUGUGCAAGCUGUGGAACCAGUUCAGACUGAAGAGGAAGGGGUAGAGGUGCUAUAUGCCCAAACAACAUUUUGUAAACAAGUACAAAACAAGAAGGCUAAUUGGACAGAAGAGACGACGUACGCCAGCGUGGUCACAUGAGACAAUGAUCAAACUAACAGCAGGAUCUCAUUUCACCACAAUACUUUUGUACACCCGAAUCGGUCUGGUUUAUAACACUGGAUUGUGCAGAAGAACUACUGAGUGACCAAAUAUGUGUAUCUGGAUUAAUUAGUGGCAAAACACCAUUAAAACUCUGCCCAUUACAGUGGCUGCCAUCUUGGAUUAUGACGUUUACAGUUUAUGCUUUUCAUGUUAAAUCGGUAGCAUGCUAACCAAUGCUUUUGUGCACUCAUGCUAAAUUGUGAUGUCUCUUUGGCAGUGUUAUGAUGUUUCAACCAAGUGGUUCAGUGGUUAAAGCAAUAGACUGUGGUUCAAAAGGUUGUGAGUUCAAAUCCAGCAAAGAAGGGUUUUGAAAAUGUUAGUUCUGUUGAGUUUUCAUGUUGUACUUAUUAUAAUUUAAGCCAUAAUUCACUGUAUAAGAGCUAUAGAUUAUGGUUCUAGAGAAUGUUAGUUUGAGUCCUACAAAGAUUGGUUUUAAAAAUGUAACUUUGAGUCUUCAUGUUGUGCUUACUAUAUGUUUAAAAAGUGUACAGAGAUUCUCUUAGGACAGACAGUCCAUCAUUUCAUGCAUAUAUCAUGCAAAUCAUAUGUUUCCAUUUCAGAAAGUUGCGGGACAUUUCUAGCAUCUAAUGCUAAUGCACAAGCAUCACUGGAGUAACCAUAAUUAUUUCUGUAAUUUCCCUCUUAAAAAUACAUAGUAUGUAUAUAUCUUGUGCAAUUAAACUUUGUGCAAAUACAGCAUGUUAUUGCACAAGUGCUAAGUUGUGAUGCUCUUUGCAGAUGCUGGACAACUGUGUCCCAUAGUUAUAUAAAUGAAAAAGGUUUGGUCUUUCUAUAGGUUCACAGUAUGCCCACCUCUUCAGAUACUACUACACCACUGCUCUUGUGGUAGCCAUCUUUGAUGAAAUGAUGUGGCUGUCGAGCGAGUGAAGACGCUGGCUACCACCCCUGGAGUUCUCUAGUUCUAAUCCAGGGUGUGUUGAGUGACUCCAGCCAGGUUUCCUAAGCAACCAAAUUGGCCCGGUUGCUAGGGAGGUUAGAGUCACAUAGGGUAACCUCCUCGUGGUCGCUAUAAUGUGGUUCGCUCUUGGUGGGGCACGUGGUGAGUUGAGUGUGGAUGCAGCGGGUGGUGUGAAGGCGAAAGAUGUCGAACUUGGGAAGCUUCCAUUACUAAUUUUCUCAACUAGACCUACAGUCCACCACCACACAUCUUAUUUUCGCCAACACUGCCAGCAUGUUUCAUAUGGCAAAUAGCCACUUGAGAUAUGGUCAGACUUAUUUGCCGGUCAGACUUGCUAAAUUUCAUCGUAUUCCAAUCAGAUAUGCACAAAAAUCAGAUUUGGACAGAGAGUCUGACACAGUCUUUGACAUCAGUCCGACUUGUCGAUUGUGUGGCACAGUGGGCAGAGCUCUGGACUGUUGUUCCAAAGAAAGUUCAAGUCUGAUAAAGGAUGAUUUUAAAAACGUUACUUCUUUUGAACUUUCAAUCUUCAUGUUGUGCUUACUAUAAUCCAGGCCUUACUUCACUGCUAAAUUUCUGCUUACCACUUAAAUGUAACAAAACAUUUUCUCUUUAGUGCCAUUUAUACUUGUCAGUAGUGUGGCGCAGUGGUUAAAUCUCUGGGCUUUGGUUCAAAUCACUGGGUGAAACCCAGAAUACCAGCCUCAAGUCUUGCUGUGCCCGAUCAUUGCUGCUUGUGUACUUUGUUUUUCAUUUGAUAUUCAUCCCAGUUUGGGAGCCAGUGGUAUUGAAGCCUGAAGCCUUAAGGACUGCGUUUCUUUUCUAACUUUUUAUUUGCAUAUCCAAAUUCCCCUAUGAUGAACAAAUAAACAUUUGCAUUCAGACCCUGUGAGAGUCACAACAGUGAGCACAAAAACAAGCUAAAGCUUAUUGAACCAAUGAUGUAUUAAAUGGAGUGAUAAAAUAUGUAAAAUAAGUUAAAUUAAUUACUCUGUGAAUUAUAUGGCUUCUGAUUUAUUUUUAUGUAUCUAAUGCUAUUAAGUUCAAAUAAAGUUUUGGUCCUGUACUUUAAAAUAAAUACAUGUUACUUGC